CCAACGUUGUGCUAAUGCCAAACGAAAAUAAAAGGGUAAAAGAAAACUCCUAAACGAGGUUCUUUGUCAUCCAUCCAAUAAGAGAGCCUCAUUUCCAACACAACAAGACUACUACCCCAUUCCAACUCGUUCCCCAUUACACUGCCAAAAACGUUAUCCCCUUCACUCCGAUAGAACUAGGUUAAGCGCCAACAGUGGGAUAUUGUCUUGCUGAAAAUAUAUAGGAUGGCCAUUGCAAGUUUUGGUAGUACAACAGCUACUCAAUGGGGAAUUCGUCCUCAAAUAUUCGUGGGAUCGACUGGGAUGGGGAAGAUUGCAUCAUCCAGGCACAAUGUUACAAGCAGGAUAAGCUUUCUGGCUACCCCAAGUUCGAGCUUUUCUUUUCGAGAUUCCUUGCAGGUACUUUUUGACAAAGGUUCAUCGCAAACUUUGCAUCGUCGCAGGGGAUCAAGGUUGAUGGUUAGGGCAGCUGCAGAUUAUUAUUCUGUCCUCGGGGUGUCAAAAAAUUCUAGUAAAUCUGAAAUUAAGACUGCUUAUCGGAAGCUUGCCCGGACUUAUCAUCCUGAUGUGAACAAAGAACCUGAUGCAGAACAGAAAUUUAAGGAAAUUAGUAAUGUAUAUGAGGUCUUGUCAGAUGAUGAGAAACGAUCCAUAUAUGACACAUAUGGAGAGGCUGGCCUCAAAGAUUCAGGAAUGGGCAUGGGGGAUUUUAGCAGUCCUUUUGACCUAUUUGAGUCGCUGUUUGAGGGCAUGGGUGGCAUGGGGGGCAGCAGAGCUUCGAGGAAUGGAGCAGUUGAUGGUGAAGAUGAGUAUUACAGUCUUGUUUUAAACUUCAAAGAAGCUGUUUUUGGGGUGGAAAAGGAGGUAGAGGUUCGACGAUUAGAGAGCUGUGGAACCUGCAAUGGUUCAGGGGCUAAACCAGGGACUAAAUCAUCCAAGUGUAGCACCUGUGGUGGUCAGGGUCGGGUUGUGUCAUCGACAAGGACUCCAUUAGGCAUCUUUCAACAGUCUAUGACUUGCUAUUCUUGCAAUGGGACUGGAGAAUUUUCAACACCUUGCAAUACAUGUUCUGGGGAAGGUCGAGUGAGGAAGACAAAGCAGGUAAGUCUCAAGGUUCCUGCUGGUGUGGAUUCUGGUAGCCGUUUAAGGGUCCGAAACGAAGGUAAUGCUGGAAGGCGUGGGGGUUCUUCUGGUGAUCUCUUUGUUGUUCUUGAAGUUAUCCCUGACCCCGUGCUUAAGCGAUAUGACACAGAUAUUUUAUACACAUGUAAGGUGUCUUAUAUUGAUGCAAUCUUGGGGACUAAAGUUAAGGUACCUACUGUAGAUGGCAUGGUGGAUUUGAAAAUCCCAGCUGGGACUCAACCAAGCUCAACACUUGUUAUGGCCAAGAAAGGGGUUCCCCUGCUGAAUAAAAAGAAUAUGAGGGGUGAUCAAUUGGUAAAGGUGCAAGUUGAAAUCCCCAAAAAACUGAGCAAAGAUGAGAGAAAACUUAUUGAGGAACUUGCUGAUUUAAGCAAAGGCAAGACUGUUGCCACCAAUAAGAGAUAACUUGUUGAAGAACCUUUAAGUCUACAUAUUUGUAGCCUCAUUUCCUUUUAUGGAUGUUAAAUUAUUGACCUUGAGAUUCACAGAACUCGGGACAUCUAUUCAUUUUUGAAUUGUGGGAUGGGUGAGCAUAUGUUGGUACAUGUAGGUUACUACUGCUUAUAGAUAGGAAGAUAUGAAAGAGCAGAAGAAACGAAAAUUUUUUAUUUUUGGAUUUUAUAUGCCUUUUGCAAUUUUAUUGGCUUUUUAAGGGUUAGGAGUUGAAGGACUAUAGCUCAGGUGCAAUGCCAUCUUCAUUUUGUUAAA